AUGAAUGAUUAUUCCUUAUUCACUAAGGUCUCCUCUGAUUCUCUAAUUGUCUUGGCUGUCUAUGUUGAUGACAUCUUGCUAGCUGGUAAUGAUGUUAUUGAGAUGAACUCUUUGAAGUCUUUCUUGGAUGAUCAAUUCAAAAUUAAAGACCUGGGGUCAGUUCACUAUUUUCUGGGAUUGGAAAUCUCUCUUAUUCCUCAAGGUUAUGUGAUGAGCCAACACAAGUACACUUCUGACCUCAUAGCUGAGUUUAACUGUCAACAUUUCUCUCCUGUUAUGACCCUUUUAGAUCCUUCUGUGAAGCUGGUGUUAGACAUGGGGGAGCCUAUUUCUGAUCCUAGCUUAUAUAGGAGAUUGAUUGGGAAGCUCAAUUUCUUGCAACAUACUAGGCCUGAUAUUUCUUUCUCAGUUCAACAUUUGAGCCAAUUUCUUCAGAAACCUCAAGUUCCCCACAUGUUGGUAGCCUUGCAUGUUCUCAGAUAUUUACUAAAUGAUCCAGCUCAAAGGGUGCUCCUCUCCAGCUCAUCUGAUUUGUCUCUCACUGCAUAUUCUGAUUCUGAUUGGGCUGCGUGUGCCAUAUCUCGCAAAUCUGUCACUGCUGAAGCUGAAUACAGAGCACUUCGCAAGGUUUCAGCUGAAAUUUCUUGGUUGCUCAGACUUCUGCGUGAUCUUGGUUUGUCCAUUUCUAGCCCAGUUCCUAUUCAUUGUGACAACCAAGCAGCUCUUCAUAUUGCCAAAAACCCAGUUUUUCACGAGCGCACAAAACAUAUUGAGAUUGACUGUCAUUAUGUGCGCACUUGCUUGCAGGCUGGUCUGAUUUCCUUGCAUUUUAUCUCCAGCUCCAAUCAGUUAGCAGACAUCAUGACCAAAGCUUGCUGUAAAAAAUAUCUUGAUUUGACAACUGAUUUACCGCCGAAGAUCAAUCUAUUCCAAAAUGCACGCCACGAUUCUCGAUCAAUUGCUGAUAUCUUGCCUUUUCCAUUAUCAAGCCAUGCCGGUGUUGUAUGGGGUCAAAUUCUGCCCACUAUGGUAGCAACGACCCCCGACUAA